AUGACUGGAGCUGCCGUGUCCGUGUGCCUACUUUUUCUCCUGUCUCUAUGUUCAGCUUGUUACAUCUCCAACUGUCCUAUCGGUGGGAAGAGGUCCAUCAUGGACGCACCACUGCGCAAGUGCAUGUCCUGUGGACCCGGAGACAGGGGCCGCUGCUUCGGCCCCAGUAUCUGCUGCGGGGAGGGCCUCGGCUGCCUGCUGGGCUCCCCAGAAACAGCUCACUGUGUGGAGGAAAACUACCUGCUCACCCCUUGCCAGGCAGGAGGGAGACCCUGUGGAUCUGAGGGAGGUCGCUGUGCUGCUUCAGGACUGUGCUGUGAUGCAGAGGGUUGUACCACAGACCAAUCCUGCCUCAUUGAAGAGGAAGGGGACGAACAAACUGGCCAAUUCGACAGCAGCGACCCUGGUGACAUCAUCCUCAGGCUCCUGCAUCUGGCUGGUCACACUUCUCCUCAUCGAAUCCACCAAUGAGCUGCUUCUGGACUCCAAGGUUACACGGGAAACUCUCCAGCUGUAGAGAUGAAAUGGGACUAGUUCUAGUUCAUAUUGUUGUAUUUCUAUGUUUGUCAUCAUCACUCUGAUUUUGCUCUUUCCCCUGGAGUACGUCUGUAGAGUGCCUUGUCAAUAUAUUUUUAUGUAUGAAAAUAGGGGUGAAAACUGACAGUGGUCAUCCAGAAA